UAAACAACAUAGCAAAGUAGCCAGCAACAACAACAAAAAAGCAACAUAAAAAGGCUUUAUUUAUUGAAAUAAGCUGUCAAUCCAUUGACAUUAUUUAUUCCCUUUUAAAACAAAUAUAUUAUAGCAACAUGGGCUUAUGCCAGUCUUCAGAAAAAGAUAACUCAGAACGAAAGAGAAGCAAUGAAAUCGAUAGAUAUUUAGAGAAGGAAAGAGGAAUUCGAGAAAAAGAGUGUAAAAUACUGCUAUUGGGAAGUGGCGAGUCUGGUAAAUCAACUGUUUUAAAGCAAAUGAAGAUUAUCAACUUGAAUGGAUAUUCAUCAGACGAACUACUUGCUUGGAGAGCAACUGUUUAUCGUAAUGUGGUCGAAAGUGCUCAAGAUUUGAUUCAAGCCAUGACAAAGUUGGGAGUGGAUUAUGAAAAAGCAGAGUUACGAGAAAAUGUUGAUAAAGUACUUGCAUAUCGAGUAUCGGGCAAUCCCAAGAGUCAAUUAAGUCCAGAGAUAGUAGCUAUCAUCAAAUUAUUAUGGCAGGAUAAGGCAGUAUUGUCAUACUUUGAGAAGCGAGAUAAAACAUUUUAUAUUAUGGAUUCAGCGCCAUAUUUUUUUGAUUCCAUGGAUCGAAUAGGACAAGCGAAUUAUAUACCAAAUGAACAAGAUGUCUUGCGGGCAAGACUCAAGACGACUGGAAUAACUGAAAUACAAUUUCAGAUGGGAGGAUUUUCUGUACAUAUGUUUGAUGUAGGUGGUCAACGCUCAGAACGGAAAAAAUGGAUCCACUGCUUUGACAAUGUGACAUCUGUUAUAUUCUGUGUAGCUCUAAGUGAGUAUGACCAAGUGUUAUUAGAAGAAUCAAAUCAAAAUCGCAUGUUGGAAAGUAUUGCCUUGUUUGAUUCUAUUGUGAACAGUAGAUGGUUCAUGCAUUCUUCAAUUAUGCUUUUUUUAAACAAAGUCGACAUAUUUAAACUUAAAGUAAGAUCAUCCCCACUUAAUCACUACUUUCCUGAUUAUGGUGGUGGAUCUGAUGCAAAUAAGGCAGCUAAAUACAUCCUUUGGCGAUUUCUGCAGUGCAAUAGAAAUAAGUUGAACAUUUACCCACACCUCACUCAAGCAACAGACACAUCAAAUAUUCGAUUUGUAUUUGCAGCCAUCAAAGAAACCCUGUUACAAAAUGCACUUCGAGAUUCUGGCAUGCUUUAACAUGCUUCUACACAUAACAUCAUCAUUACUUUUACCCUUAAUACCACUACUGCUAAUUCGUGACUGUCGAAUAAAAAAUUUUUUUUCACUUCUAAAAAGUAUAUAAAGCCCAUAUGG